AUACCUUUAUAUUAAUUGAUUUAACACUUAAAGUUUGCUAGUGCGUUGUAACGUUACAUGUAACCAGGAAGUUAACUUUAAAAUAUUUGUGAAUUGAAAAUGGCGACCAGUUGUUCUGAAUCAGAUGAAUUUGUCAACUUUAAAUGUUGUUUAUGUGAAAAGAAACAUAUAGUAAAGGAGGCAGACACUUAUUGUGUAGAAUGUCAGGAUUAUUAUUGUUCAUCAUGUACAGACUUGCACAAAAUGUUUCCUUCUGCUGUGGGCGAGCAUCAUUUUAUAGACAAGUCAAGUUUCAAUUUACAGAAAUCAUUGCCAACAUUUUCAGUUGAAAGGUGUGAAGCUCAUAAAACCAAGUUGCUAGAUAUGUAUUGUGCUGACCACGAUGAUAUCGCGUGUGCGACCUGCAUAGCUAUAAAACAUAGAACAUGUCAAAAUAUACACUCGGUACCAGAUGAAGUUGAUACCUUGUAUCAGAAAACUGAGGUUGAGGAUAUAAUGCAAGAGCUGCUUCGUAUUAAAACUAAAAUGGAAGGCACAGAAAAAACAAAAAUACUUCUUAUCAAAGAGCUUAAUGCCCAGAAAGAGAAGGCAGCAGAGUCAAUCAGACAAUUCAGAAAAGAAAUAGAAGAAAUAUUGGACACACUAGAAAUGGCAACAAUAACAACUUUAGAGGAAAAGUACAAAAAUACCAUAGAGAAGUUAGAAAACGAAAACAACAAACUUCAGAAACAUAUUGAUAUACUCAAACGAUCAUCACAAAAACUAACAAAGUCAGCUGGAAAUAAAGCACAAGAGUUUGUCGCUAUGAAAAAUUCUCGGAAACAUAUCAAUGAAGCUAAUGAAACAGAAGCAACGUCUGUGACAAAUUCAUCAGAUGUUAAAGUUGAAUUCAAUGCAGAUUUGACAAUGAUAAAUGCUUUGAAAGACUUCAAAACAUUUGGAUUUGUAUCAGUAAGUGAAUCUGAAAAAAUGAGGGACAAAUUGUAUGAUGUAAAAAGCAAGAAACUGGUUAACAUCAAACUUGAAAAUGAUAGGAAGAAAUGCAGUGUUUACAGUUCAUGCUUCACCGAUGAUGGACUAAUGUUUCUAGCUGACUAUAGCAACAAAUCUUUAAAACUUAUUGAUUUGUCCUCGGAAUCCAUAAAAGAUCGUCUAGAUCUUGAUGCAUUUCCAUUAAGUAUUUGUCAAGUUAAUAAAAACGACUUUGCAGUUAGUUUGAACAAUAAAACCAUUCAAUUUGUUUCAAUGGGAAACAAACUAUACGCCAUCAAACAACUGAAGGUAGAUCAUUUUUGCCACGGACUAGCCUUCAGAGAUGAUAAAUUGUUUAUCUCUGAUCAAAGUACCUCAGUUUAUAUUUAUGAUAUGAAUGGCAGCAUGAUACGUAAAAUCACAUCUGAUAAGCAAGGCAAUGCAAUUUUCCGUGGCAACAGACAUAUCAGUGUUAGCAGUGAUGGCAAGAUGAUUUUUGUGGCUGAUUAUAUUAAAGGUCUGAUUGUCCUUGACCUUGAGGGAAACUACAAGACAACAAUUACUGAUCCUGAUAUUUUUAAUCUAUGGGGUGUUUGUACGGACAAACGAGGAAACAUAUUUGUGUGUGGAUUGGGGCAGUCAAACAUUGUCCAGAUAAAUAAGAAUUCUUGUGAAAGAUUGGGAGUACUUGGCAAAGUAUUUCGCAGUUCGUCUUGUAGCUUUGAUUUGAAACAUAACAAACUGGUGGUUACCAUUUUUAACAGUGAUACAAUUGAGGUGUAUAAUUUACUGUAAAUCCAAUGCACUGUAAACAGUCAAACAAUUGAUAUCAAACUAAACAUAAAAACAGGGGUCAUUUACACCUAUUACAACCACAAGGUGUGAUUGUACUUGAUCUUUAGGGAAAUUACAAGACAGCAAUUUGUGAUCCGGUUUUUAUCUAUGGACAAAUAAAGAAACAUAUUUGUUUGUGGACAGGGGGCAGACUAAAUUGCUCAGAUCAAUAAGAAUUCUGGUAAAAAAAAUGGAUAUUCUAGGGAAUUUUUGUAAUAGUUGGUCUGCUAGCUUUAAUUUGCAUCAGAACAGACUGGUUGUAACCAUUAAUAACAGUGAUCAGAUAGAGGUGUAUGAUUUAGCAUGAGUGCAUCAAACUGAAAACAAUAUGAUAUCAAAUGCAAACCCUGAUACUUAUAAAAGGCCCAUUAGGCUUAAAAUGCUUUUUUUUAUUUUAAUAAUUUGUUUUGGUAUCCUGUCACAAUUUAGUAAGUUACUUAUUUGAUAUAUAGCUGAACAGUCUUUUGAUUCGUUUUGCACUUAAGCUGUAGGUUCUGUAGAACUGAUAAGGUCAUAUGUUAACUUUGAAGCUUUCUCCAGCGAAACAAGUCAAAUCGGUCCGUCAAGCAGAAAAUCCAGUAAAACAAACGUCCAUCUUUAAAGAAAUUUAAAAGUAGAUGUCAAAGCUUGAGCGCUAAAGAUUGGACCUAAUUUAACACAAAUCAUUCUAGAAGUGUCAAUUGACAUUACAUCUUAUGAUAAAUGUUGAAAUCCCAAAUGUUUGCAAAUGUUAAUGUUUUCUCCGGUCAUAUGGAACUUUUCAACAAAACAGUAAUCAUUUUGUUUUAGCACUUUAUUUAACAUAGAAAACAUUUCUAAACAGUAAUUCAAUCACAGGACUUUAUCACACUUAUACAUAUGUAAAUGAUGAAAGACAAAAGGAAGCAGUUUGAUUUGCAAAACAAUAAGGAGUUACACAUUUAAACAACAUUUUUAAUUUCAAUGUUUCAAACCUUAAUAUAAUGUAUACACAAACAUUGUUAUCUUUAAUCAUAGAAAACAUGGAGCAAAUAUCAAUGAGUAGUAAGAUAUCUCGAAUAUUCAAUCAUGAUAGCCUUAGUGGUUAAGCUGUCAGACUUAGGUUUAAAAACAACAAGCCCAGUGUAACUAUAAUCACGUUUUUCUCCAUCAGUUUGUCCUUGAACAGUGUUGUUUCAGGAUGAUAUAUUUGGCUCUUUUCACUAUCCAAAAUCAAACUAAAAUAACAAAGCUUUAUAUUAUAAAUAGCUUUAUACAAUAAAUUUAAAUGUGUAAAAAGACAUACAAACUUAAGCUUACUGAGUCUUACUAAGAGUCAAGCAAUAAGUCCUUAUGACAACAUCCUUGGUCCAAGGUUGUAAAGAAAUUCUUUGAGGUCAAACUCAGAUUUAAUGUAUUUGAUUGGUCAGAAGCUGGCAGGGGAUGUUCUCUGACCAAUGGAAAUCCUGAGAUUUGAGUGAAGAUUUAUAAACUGCUGGCCUGUACUUCAUCAACUAGCUCAUUAAAAAUACUUGCAGAAACAUAAAUGUACCAUUAUGUACAAUAUUACUCCACAUAUAUAUGUUACAAUUCUAUGAAUGAAAUCACAGAUAUUUAAAAGGUAUUUGAUCAUAGUAUAACCAUUUCUAUAUAUAUAUAUCAGUAAUCAAAAACAGUCAAUUGCAAUGGCAUUUUUCAAAAUUCAUUUGUUCUACGAAUAUGAACAACGCAAGUCAUACACUACCAUUUCAAAACAUUUAAUUUAUUGAAAUUGAGAUCUGAUCUUCUUUCAUUAGUACUGCAUAACGAUUGUAAUUAAAAUUUGUUGUUUUCUUAUACAUAUAUCUUAGCCAUUUGAACAAAAAACAACAAUGCAUUAAUCUACAUUUUACAAAUCUAAAAUAGAAAUGAACUCUUGUACAAUAUCAUUGAAUAUGAGUAAGAUGUUGUCAAAAAUAGCAGUAUACAAUUACAGUAAAUUAAAAAAAAAUUAAAUUUCGA